AUCAUUCCCGUUGGUUGUAAACCCAAAGAAACGGUGAUUUAUUUAACAGCUCUGUACUCGUCGCGCUAGUGAGAACUGAAUACAGCAGCGUCCCUGUGGAUGAGGAUCGCUAGCUACCAAGAGCCUUGAACAGGACCAUGGACAACAAUGGCAGACCAGACAUAAAGGAUGUACUUUACGUCAAACUUCUCGGCAGUGGGGCAUUCGGCCAUGUGUGGGAGGCGAGCUGGCUAUCUGGCGGAAAGCACGUGGCGGUGAAGUUUCCAGGGAUUAACGCACAUAAAAACGCCACCUGGAAGUGGAAGACAGAUUUCAUUCGUGAAUGCAAGAUGAUCCAGAGCCUUCAUCAUGAUAACAUUGUCCAUGUGCACCGAGUAUCUUCGGAUAAUGCUCCCAUGCCUUACAUUAUAAUGGAGAUGGCAGACCACGGCAGUUUGCUGUCCGUCGUUACGGAUCUGCGUGGCAAUGACAAACUAACUGGUGGAAGGAAACGAUGCGGUAUGUGUGUGGGCGUAGCAAAUGGUAUGCAAUAUCUUGCAGAAAAACACAUAGUCCACCGAGACCUGGCUGCCCGCAAUGUUCUGGUGAUGCGCGGGGAGAUCUGCAAGAUCACUGACUUUGGAUUGACUAGAAGGAUGAUGGAGCUAAGUGAGAGUGUGCAGCCAUCAGCUAAAUACUUUUCAGGGGAAACAGGCCAGGAUUACUUCAGCACCCAGGAAAAUCCAGAUGGACCAUUCCCACUGUUCUGGAGUGCACCUGAGACCUAUCACGCAAAGGGCACGACCGAAGGUGAUGUGUGGAGUUUUGGUGUGGUGUUGUGGGAGGUGAUGUCCUUUGGUUUGACACCAUUCCUCUCUGAUUCCGCUUUGUGGAGGGUUGCUGCAAACACUGAACGUAUGAAGGAGUUUUUCUUAAGCAGCCCCGAUAAUCGUCUGCCGAAGCCAGACGACUGUCUGGAUGAAAUCUAUGAUCUCAUGCAGUUGACAUGGAAGAUUCAGCCGUCAGAACGACCAACGUUUCGUCAGCUCAAAGAAAAGCUUCGGGAGGUUUACAACACACAAUUGAUUGUGUCUCCAUCAUCACACAGCGCAGUGGCUGUUCAAAUACCACCCGCCUCCGCGGUGGCUGUUCAAGCACCACCCGUCUCCGCAGUGGCUGCUCAAAUACCACCCGUCUCCGCAGUGGCUGCUCAAACACCACCCGUCUCCGCAGUGACUGCUCAAACACCACCCCUCUCCGCAGUGGCUGUUCAAACACCAACCGUCUCCGCAGUGACCGUUCAAACACCACCUACUAUGCCUGGGGAUGUUCAAACACAACGCUCAAAGGCAGCCGUAGCUCAAGCAGCACGUUCGAAGGUGGCAGAAGCUAAAACAGAACGCUCCAAGACCGGAGCUGUUAGAACAGCACGCUCAAAGGCGAUGGCAGGUAAAGCAACACGCUCAAAGACAGCGGUAGCUCAACCAGCACGCUCAAAGGUGGUCGUGGCUCACGGCGCAUACUCAAAGGUAGUUGUCGCCCAAACAUCACGCUCAAAGUUGGUAACAGUUAAAACAGCGCGGUCAAAGGUGGUCACAGUUCAAACAACACGCUCAAAGAACUUGCGAGUUCAGGCCACACUCCCUGCUGCUUCAAAACGUCGAAGAACAAAAUAAUUGCAUCUGCGAAAAGCCUUGCAGAGUGCUGCAUGCGGCAACUUACAUAAUGAUCGGUUCUGGAGACCAAUACCCGGGAAGGAAGCAGAAUACCCGGAAAGGAAGCAGAAUACCCGGAAAGGAAGCAGAAUACCCGGAAAGGAAGCAGAAUACCCGGAAAGGAAGCAGAAUACCCGGGAAGGAAGCAGCUCCUGGACUCUGCACUAACACCUACGUUAGCCUUUUAGGUUGGGGGACUUACUUUAGAAUGAUUCAUUCCGUCUGCUGGGUUCUGCAUGAUGCUGGAUACUUCUGCAUGAUGUGGAUUAUAUCAGAUCUGAGUAUGUGGACUUAGCUUCAAGUAGGAGGUAACUCCAGUGUAACCUCUUGCUAGAGUGGAACAGAGGGCGCAAUUACUGCCGACCAGUCUUCUGCUGAGCUCAUUUGCUGUACUCUAAAGCAAUCGGCAAUCAUGAACUGUC